CAGCUCUAGGAGAAAUCCCACUGCAGCGGGGUACAAUGAGCUGCGGCGGCCCACUGAAACGUGAUUAAUUCUACUUUCUAUAUAUACCGGUGUGAACUACUAUUCCGCCUGAAUGUCAGAAGAAGAUAGAAGGUGCCAGGUUCAGACAACGGUGUCCUUCCAUGAAGAAGAAAACAGACGGGACUGGAAAGAGGAGAACGGAGACCUGGGUUCGCAUCAUUACAACCCAAAAGCACGGGACAAGAGUCUAUAUGGAUACCAGAAAACCAUGCAAAGUGUCAGUAACCCAUCAGUAAUGCAGCGGAGAAUGACGGUGCUCAGGGAGAAAGGAAGGAGACAGGCUGUGCGGGGCCCAGCAUUCAUGUUCAAUGACAGGGGAACGAGUUUAACCCCAGAAGAGGAACGUUUUUUGGAUGCAGCCGAAUAUGGGAACAUCCCUGUUGUCCGGAGAAUGCUGGAGGAGAACAAGUCACUGAAUGUUAAUUGUGUUGAUUACAUGGGACAAAAUGCCCUCCAACUAGCAGUUGGAAAUGAACAUUUGGAAGUAACAGAGCUUCUUCUGAAGAGGGAUAACCUGGCUCGAAUUGGAGAUGCAUUAUUACUUGCUAUCAGUAAGGGUUACAUACGAAUUGUGGAAGCAAUUUUGAAUCACUCUGGAUUUGAGCCCAGUAACCGUCUGACCCUUAGCCCAUGUGAACAAGAAUCGCAGGAUGAUGAUUUUUACGCCUAUGAUGAAGAUGGCACCAGAUUUUCUCCAGACAUCACCCCAAUCAUAUUGGCAGCUCACUGCCAGAAAUAUGAAGUGGUGCACAUGUUGCUGAUGAAGGGAGCACGGAUUGAGAAACCCCAUGACUAUUUCUGCAAAUGUAAUGAAUGUGUGGAGAAGCAAAAGCAUGAUUCCUUUAGCCACUCCAGAUCCAGGAUCAAUGCAUACAAAGGAUUAGCAAGCCCUGCCUAUUUGUCAUUGUCUAGUGAAGAUCCAGUACAUACUGCACUGGAGCUUAGUAAUGAAUUAGCUAAGUUGGCAAAUAUUGAAAAAGAAUUUAAGCUUAAAAACAAGAAAAUUGAAUUGGUAAAGGGUCCACACAAGGUGACAUCAUCGAAUGACUACCGCAAGCUAUCUAUGCAAUGCAAGGACUUUGUCGUUGGUGUUCUUGACCUGUGCCGAGACAGUGAGGAAGUUGAAGCUAUUUUGAAUGGUGAUGUGGAAGCUGAUCAAGAUGAAGGACACCACGGUCAAAGAGCGGGUUUGACCCGUGUCAAACUGGCCAUUAAAUAUGAAGUCAAAAAGUUUGUAGCCCACCCAAAUUGCCAGCAGCAGCUACUCACAAUAUGGUAUGAAAACCUCUCAGGAUUACGGGAGCAACCCAUCACCAUGAAAUGCCUUGUGGUGCUCAUUAUUGCAAUUGGACUCCCAUUUCUUGCAAUUGGCUAUUGGAUUGCACCAUGUAGCAAGCUGGGGAAGAUUCUAAGAAGUCCCUUCAUGAAGUUUGUGAUGCAUGCAGCAUCCUUCAUCAUCUUUCUGUGUUUACUAGUAUUUAAUGCCUCUGAUAGAUUUGAAGGCAUCAAAACCUUACCCAAUGUCACAGUUUUGGAUUAUCCCGAACAAGUCUUCAGAAUGAAAACCACCAUGUUUACUUGGACGGAAAUGCUAAUUAUGGUGUGGAUACUAGGCAUGAUGUGGACAGAAUGUAAGGAAAUCUGGACAGAAGGGCCACGGGAGUACAUUUUCCAAAUGUGGAAUCUUCUAGAUUUUGGAAUGCUAUCAAUUUUUAUAGCUGCAUUCACAGCAAGAUUCCUGGCAUUUCUGGAAGCUUCAAAAGCACAGCAGUUUGUAGAUGAACUUGUUAAGGAAAAUAACCUGUCGCUUGUGCCACUGCCACCAGAAGUGGAGUACUACACGUAUGCCAGAGAUAGAUGGGUUCCCUCUGAUCCUCAGAUCAUUUCUGAAGGCCUCUAUGCAAUAGCUGUUGUCCUUAGUUUUUCACGAAUCGCUUAUAUCCUACCUGCAAAUGAAAGUUUUGGUCCAUUACAAAUUUCCCUUGGAAGGACUGUGAAAGAUAUAUUCAAAUUCAUGGUCAUUUUUAUAAUGGUGUUUCUUGCUUUCAUGAUUGGGAUGUUUAUCCUAUAUUCCUACUACCUUGGUGCAAAAGUGAAUCCAGCUUUCACAACAGUUGAAGAAAGUUUCAAGACGCUAUUCUGGUCAAUCUUUGGCUUGUCUGAAGUUUCUUCUGUUGUCCUCAAAUAUGACCACAAGUUCAUUGAGAACAUUGGAUAUGUCUUAUAUGGAAUAUACAAUGUCACUAUGGUAGUGGUUUUGCUCAACAUGCUGAUUGCCAUGAUCAAUAGCUCAUAUCAGGAAAUUGAGGAUGAUGCAGAUGUGGAAUGGAAAUUUGCCCGUUCAAAGCUGUGGAUGUUCUAUUUUGACCACGGGAAAACACUGCCCCCUCCAUUCAGUCUUGUGCCUACUCCAAAGUCAUGCAUCAGUUUGAUAGUAAGAAUCAAAAACUGUCUCCUUGGCCUGUUCAAAUGCAGAAGGAAAAGACUUAAGAAAGACGUAGAAAUUGGAAUGAUGAAUUCAAAGUCCAGGCUAAAUCUGUUUGCACAGUCUAAUCUAAGGAUUUCAGAAACUCAAAGUUUCAACAGCAUUAUAAACCAACCAACUAGAUAUCAGCAAAUAAUGAAGCGACUGAUUAAACGGUAUGUCUUGAAAGCACAAGUUGAUAAAGAAAACGAUGAGGUUAAUGAAGGUGAACUGAAAGAAAUCAAACAGGAUAUCUCAAGCCUUCGAUAUGAACUUCUAGAAGACAAGUCUCAAGCAACUGAGGAGCUGGCUUUCCUCAUUCAAAAGCUUGGUGAAAAGCUUAAUACCUGUCUGUCAAAACAAAAACAUCAGUGAUUAAGUCGGAAUAUUGAAAACUGAUCAAUAUUUGGGAAUAUGAAACAGCACAACUUACGGCAAUAAUGUUUAUGAAUAAAAAAAAUUGGGAGUUAGCAUAUUGUGUACUUAGCAUCUCUAGAGUAUAAUAGUUAAUGAAUAUAUUAUUAAUAAACACAAUUCAUGUAGUUCAGUGAGAAAUACUUUGUCCUUACAAUUACCUAAAGUUCAUAUAGUUGCUGUCAUUACUGAAGGAUUAUAAUGCAGAAUGAACAGUGUUCUCAUUUAUAGCUUUCUGAAAGACUUAUGAACUGUUUUGUAAGAAUAUCGGAAAUUGUCAGCUACGUUACUUAUACCAAUAUUGCAAAAUUAAUUUAGCCAGGUAUGAGUUACACAUAGCUUAUCCAAUCUUUUAUUAUAUUUAUUGGUCUUUGAUACCAAUAGAGUGAUACUUUACGCAGAAUAUCAGUGUCUGCUAUUUACUGUUAGAUAUAAGACAGAUUAAAUUAAUUUACCAUUCAUUGACAGCCACUUUUAAUAAUAAUUCAAGUCAAUUACAUAUAAUAUCCAGGUUAUUUGAAACUUCCAUCUGGCAUAGAAGUGGGAGCAUUUGGCCCAUCAUGCCUCUUUGAAAGAGUUAUUCAAUUAGUGCCACUCCUCUGCUCUUAUAGCUGCAGAGUCUUUUUUCAAAUAUAUAUCAAAACCUUUUAUAAUCUGUAUGA